UAGACCAGGGCGACUCGCGGCCGUCCAAGUCGAGCGCGGAGCAACAGCAGAGCAAACAGCAGACUACCGUCGAGUUCAUAGCGGAAGACGAGGAGAGCGAAGGGCUCGAGUGUCCAUUAUGCCUGACGGCGGUGACGUCCGCCAGCGUGGUGCGGCUGGCUGGCUGCUUCCACCGCUGCUGCGAGUCCUGCCUGCGCCAGUACCUCGCCAUAGAGAUCUUCGAGGCGCGGGUACCUGUCAACUGCCCCGUCUGCCACGAAAGCAUGCACCCAUCAGAUGUACAUCGAAUCGUGGACAACCCUGUGCUGUACGAGAAAUAUGAAGAGUUCUCGGUGCGGCGCGCGCUCGCCGCCGACCCCGACACGAGGUGGUGCCCCGCGCCAGACUGUAGUUUCGCGGUGGUGGCAACUGGGUGCGCGUCGUGCCCGAAGCUUACGUGCCUGGCACCGGGUUGUGGAGCGUCAUUCUGCUACCACUGCAAGGCGGCUUGGCACCCUACACAGACCUGUGACGCGGCGCGCCGCAGCCGCCAGCCGCCGCCGCGCGCGCCGCAGCCCUCGCACACAGACCUCGACCACGGCGAAGUGAAGCCGUGCCCGCGCUGCUCGGUGCUGAUCGUGAAGGUGGAGGACGGCUCGUGCAACCACAUGGUGUGCUGCGUGUGCGGCGCCGAGUUCUGCUGGCUCUGCAUGAAGGAGGUCUCCGACCUGCACUACCUUAGCCCGAGCGGCUGCACGUUCUGGGGCAAGAAGCCGUGGUCGCGCAAGAAGAAGCUUCUCUGGCAGCUGGGCACGCUCGCGGGCGCGCCGCUGGGCAUCGCGGUCGUGGCGGGCGUGGCGCUGCCGGCGCUGCUGGUGGGGCUGCCGCUGUGGGCCGGCCGCCGCGCGCACCGCCGGCUGCGUCGUGCUCCGCCCGCCCGCCGUCGUGCUGCCGUAGCCGCUGCCGUCGCUGCUGCUGUGAGUACAGUCUCUAUAAAAACUUCCAUCUUAGCCCACCGCAGCAUAGCAUCUUUCGAGCGAAGCGUCGUUGCCUUGCAAGCGCUUGCGCAGCGUCGACGCGGCGCUAUUGCUGAGCGGCGGAUCGACGUAGCGCUGGCGUCGCGUUAUUAUAGUUUGAAGAGAGUUGAUGCCGCGGCGAAGCAGCGCAGGCGCUGACGAGACGACGACGUUCGAUACUCGCUGCUGGUGGGGCUGCCGCUGUGGGCCGGCCGCCGCGCGCACCGCCGGCUGCGUCGUGCUCCGCC